CGGCACUCUAUUUCCCCGUGUCCUCCGCACGGCCGCCUAUACACGUUCCAGGGUUUCGGCCGUAACUCGCGAGUUUCUGGUAGGCUUCCCCAGAUUUGUUUCGCGCAUUGUUCUCUUUUGGGAAUUGCAUUCUGUAUCGAUUAUGCGGCUCUACUCACAGCCAGGUGCAAGAAGCUGAGUCUUACGCCCUUAAACAGCGGGCGACGGAUGAAUUUUCACCUCAAGCCCGAUUUGGUGUUGAAGGUUACUCGAUAUAUAAAGCAUUGAAUGUGGUGGAGGGUCUUCGUGAAGCCAGCAAGUCCAUAAUUCAACCCGAGAGUCCACCACAAUUGCAACAAAAUCCAUUUUCUCGAUUGUCCCAAUUGGCACCAGGAAGUCGUCUUCGACAUUGUCCGGCAAAAUGGUUGCAGCAAUGAAAGAGUCUACCUCACAUUACAACGAUUGGCCCAACACGCUUGGCUUCGAUGCACAUUACGAAGAGAGGAAACCGGUCGAACUACGUGUAGAAGGAACGAUCCCAGCAUAUGCAGCAGGUACACUCUUCCGAACAGGGUUGGGACCCAGGAAGAUUACGACAUCCAAAGGCAAUGUUGUCACCAUCAAUCACUGGUUCGAUAAUCUCGGUCAGGUACAUCGCUUUCAAAUCCAUGCACCACAGGCCGAUUCACCUGUACGGGUUACAUAUAACUCACGCCUGACCAGUGAUGGGCUCAUCGAAAAGAUACGAAGGACUGGGAAGCUUGAUGGCUUUACAUUCGCUGCGAAAUACGAUCCUUGCAAGUCAUUCUUCCAGAAAGUGCAAUCUGUUUUUCAUCAGGAAGAGCAACGUGCACCAAAUGAACUCAACUCCGCUGUGACAAUGUCGGCAAAUUUCCCUGGUCUCUCCAGCGUUGGGCAACAGACUAAUGGCCCACGGGCAGCCACCGACUCCAUGACCUUGUGCAACAAGACCGACGCAAAUAUAUUUCAGAUGCUUGAUCCAGAGACUUUAGAACCUGUCGGCAUUGCCCAUCAGAGUACUCUUCAUCCUGAUCUCACUGGGGUGGGAAGCGGUGCGCAUGCGAAAUCAGAUCCUGAGACAGGAGAUGUUUUCAACUACAACCUCGACUUUGGUCGAACCGGAACGUACAGGGUUUUCCGCGCCUCACCUUCUACGGGCAAGACAUCUGUUCUCGCCAAGUUCAAUCAUACUCCCGCAUACCUGCAUUCGAUGUUCUUGACGGAGCAUUACGUCGUGUUAUGCGUCUGGAACUCAUUUUACAAAGCUGGUGGGGCUUCGAUCUUGUGGACGAGGAAUCUUCUCGACGCCAUGACCUGGAACGGUACUCAACCAGCGACGUGGUUUGUCAUCGAUGAGCGCCCAUCAGAAGAAGGUGGCAGGGGCGUAGUCGCCCAAUAUGAAUCCGACCCCUUCUACUGCUUCCACACCAUCAAUGCGUACGAAGAGCCCUCGAGCACAAACAAGGGAUCAACCGACAUUGUGGCUGAUCUGAUAGGGUAUAAUAACAUGGAUGUUAUACACAGGUUCUACAUGGAGAACCUGGUCAGCGACUCUUCGACGGCGCAUGAUUGCAUGAAGACGCCCAAUUCAGACGUUGUUCCUACCUACCGCAGAUAUCGGCUCCCCUCGAUUCCUUCCUCACCACAGUCAACGACCUGCAAGGCUGAGCUGGAGUAUAACAGCAGCAAGGCUGAUGUGUUCGAGCUUCCGGUCAUCAACUCUCGGGUGGUCACUAGGAAGCAUAGGUAUAUGUACGGUGUCAGCGACACUGGCAAAUCUACGUUCUUGGACGGUUUGGUCAAGUACGACGCGCAAACUCACUCAGUCAUACGCUGGAGUCAGCAUGGCCAUACUGCGGGCGAGCCAAUAUUUGUACAGGAUCCUGAGUUGAGUGAAGAGGACGGUGGGGUGCUGCUGUCUGUGGUUCUCGAUGGGCCGCAAGGCAAAAGCUACCUGCUCGUGCUCGAUGCCCGAACAAUGCAGGAGGUAGCGCGUGCUCACGUCGAUGGAGUGAUUGGGUUCGGAUUUCAUGGUCUGUAUGUAAACUCGCACGCGCAAAGCCUUCAUCUGUGAGGUGGCUGGGACAAAGGUGUCAAGGAGUACUGUACUGUGUAGGUAGAACUGCUAGUUUUGUCAAUAACACCAAGGUAAUGCGAGCAUUGACCACUUGAUGCACAACCCGUGACCAUCACUGGUGCGGAUAAUGACGCCGCGGGAUGACAGAAGGUCAAAGCCUGGAGCCUCAGGCCUCGGUAGGUUGUGGUGAGAGCAUCG